AUGGUCACCCGUCUCCUCCUCGUCCUCCUCCUCACCUUACUAUUCUCCACCUCCUCCCCCGCCGCCGGCUCGCCGCACAUCUCCGCCGUCAUCUCCCAGUCCGGCCUCGACUUCGCCAAGGACCUGCUCGUGCCCCGAGCCGCCGAGACCCUCGCGCAGCUGAGCGUCCCCGACAUCGAGCGGUCCGUGAGCAUCCCCAUCAUCGGCGCCGUCCGCACGGUCGCCUCCCGCAUCGUGCUCGGCGGCGUGGCAGUCGCCGACUCCACCGUCGCCGCCGGGGACACGGGGGUCGUGGUGGCCGCCUCCCUGUCCAGCGUCAACCUCACCAUGGAGUGGAGCUACUCGUACAGCUCCUGGCUCGUUGAGAUCUCUGACAGCGGGAAUGCUUCCAUUCAGGUUGAAGGAAUGGAUGUUGGGGUUUCCAUGGGGCUGAAGAAUAAAAAUGGAUCGCUCAAACUAUUUGUCAUGGAAUGUGGCUGUUAUAUGAAAGACUUGGACAUAACACUCAAUGGAGGAUCCUCUUGGUUUUAUCAAGGAUUCAUAGAUGCUUUUAGCAAUCAUAUCAGAUCAUCUGUGGAAAAUGCGAUUGCGAACAAAAUAGUGGAGGGUGCAUCGAAGCUCGACCUUUUCCUAGGAGGUCUUCCAAAGGAAAUUUAUGUUGAUAGAGUCGCUGCUAUGAAUGUGACAUUUAUUAAUGAUCCACGCUUCAGUAGUUCCUCUGUUGAGUUUGAUAUAGAUGGACUAUUUAUUCCAUCUGAUAAAACUGCUCCUCAGAGUGACAUGCAUUUUGGUGAUACCAAACUUGCACCACCUCUUGGCAGCUCUUCAAACAUGCUGUGGAUUUCAUUGGACGAAGAUGUUUUCAACUCUGUUUCAGCUCUCUACUUCAAGGCUGGUUUACUACAACAUAUGGUGGACAAGGUUCCCGAUCAGUUUCUUUUGAACACUGCUAGCUGGAGGUUUUUGAUUCCAAGGUUGUACCGUAAAUAUCCAAACAAGGAUAUGCUGCUGAACAUUUCUGCUAUAUCACCUCCCUCUGUGAGGAUUAAUGUGGGUAGAAUUGACACCACAGUGGACUUAGAUGUCACAGUAAUCGUAUUGGGUUCUGAUGAUAAAGUUCCAGUUGCAUGCAUAUCACUGUCAGUUGCUGUUUCUGGACAUGCAAGUGUUUCUGGAAAUAAUCUCGUUGGAAAGGUUGAGUUAAAUUAUUUCUCGUUCGACUUGAAGUGGAGCGACAUUGGCAAACUUCAUACUGGUAUAGUGCAGAGUCUGAUGCGUAUCAUCCUGAAAAAUUUGUUCGUGCCCUACGUGAACUCGUAUCUUGGACAAGGUUUCCCGUUGCCCAUCAUCAAGGGCUUCGUCAUAAGAGAUGCUUAUAUCCUCACUUCAUACUCAAGCAUAAUUGUUAGCUCUGAUGUUUCCUUCAUCGAACCAAUGAAUAGAUCUGGAAUAGCAGUUGUUGGACCAGUCAGCAAAGAUCCGGUAGUCACCAUGAAACAAUUAGUAUAA